AUGGGUGCCGUCAAGUCGGUAUUCUCUGCUGGAAAGGGUUUGGCAAACCUGCUGCUUCGAUCAUCCAAGAGCAAGGUGGACAGGGACAAGUUUGACCGCGCAUUCUCCAAGUAUCCACCAACAGCAUCGCGGACGUGGGGGUUCCAGAACAGCAAUGCUGCUCUAUAUGCGAAUGACAGCUGGUUCUCCACGCAGAAGCGCAUCCGAAUGAGCGAAAUCAACCGGUUUAUCGGCCUGAGGCCAUAUCCCGCAAAACCUGCCGGAAAAGCUUUUCGCCCUGGCGAUUACAAUCUUGUCUGGGGAAAUCCGGAGAGAUAUUACCGGGGCGAUGCUCAAGACCAGAACUACAGCCUGCAGUUUGCGAACCAGCUGCAUCACGACGUUGGAACGGUGGGAGUGGUUUGUGCCUCUGCGCUGCCUGGCCAGGGUCGGCCUAGACUUCGACCAACACCGAAACAGCUGGCAGACUUCUUGUGA